AGGGAGUUACCAGAUAUAUCUAUAUUACCGUGAUCUCCAUCAUAUGGUCGGUCGGUGACUUGUUUUAGAAUCACGCAUUGAAAAUAAACACAGUAGUUUGAUUUGUUUUAAUGCUUAAGUGAACUGCAAUUUGUUAACGAAGCUUGUGUUUUAUCAUGGGAAAAACAAAGAAAGGAAAAAGAGAGACUAAAGACGGAGAUGUAGAUGACGACCUGGAGGUGGAAACCUCUGUCGCCAAUGACCUAGCUCCAGACAAGGACAAGAAAGGAAAGACGAGAAAGAAAAUUGUUGAUGACACCAAGGUGGAAAGUAGUGACGAUGAGAGUGAUGAGAUAGUUAAAGAAAAAAAAGGCAAAGGAAAGACUGAAAAAAAAAUGGAAGAUAAAUUAUCAGAACAAUUGGAAGAUCUUACAAUUGAUACAGGAACAAAGAAGACAAGAUCUAGCAAGAAAAAUAAAACGAAAGCAGCAGAAGAGUCAAGUGAGGAGGAACAGAUGGAGCGUGCCCCUGUGAAAGGAAAAAAGAAAGCUAACUUUGAGCUGGUGGUGCAAGACAGUGAUAGUGAAGAAAAUGAUAAAGUGGUUUCCCGGACUAAACCGUCAAAAGUUUCUGUUGUCAAAAACAAGGGUUUCUCAUUGCUUGAAGUGGACGGGGACAGUUCAGAUUCAGACGUGCAAAUGAAAGAUACAAGUGACGAAGAUCUAGAAACUAAACCGACGCGUCCGGAAAGCAAAAAGGGUGGUGGUGAAAGGACAGACAAAAAAGAGGAGAAGGGGGGCAAAAAGGGCAAAAAAGGGAAGAAGAAAAAGCAGGAUGAUGAUGAUGAAGACAUCGAAAAAGUUCUGGCCGAGCUGGAAAUGGAAUAUUCGGGGAUCAAGAAAGAAGAGGCCCCGGUUGCAAAUGAGGUGAAGGAAGUCCCAGAAGUUGUAGCUGAAGAAGAUAAUAAGAAGGAUAAAAAGAAAGCUAAAAAGAAGGGUUUGAAAGCAGAAGGUGAUACUGCGGAAGGUGGUGAAGAGGUUCAGAACACAGCCAAGUUAGUGGUUGAUGGAGAGGAGUUGGAAGGCACAGUGAAAACCGCUGCUCAGAAGAAGAAAGAGAAAAAAGAGAGGGAUAAGCAGAAAAAGCAGUCUCAGAAAACACAGGAUCCCACAAAGAAAGAGGAUAAACCGGAGAGUGAAGGGAAGGCUGACGAUGCUCGUGAGCCCGCUGAGAAGACGACGACAGCGGCUGAAGCAGAAAACAGUAAAAAAGAAAAUGCUGCGGACGGACAGGAAGAGGGAGCUGCUGAAGAUGAAGAAGAUGAUUCUAGCAAAAAGAAGAAAAAGAAGAAAGGAAAACCUGAUGAACUAGACAAGGGGAAAGACAAGAAGGGUCCGGGCAAGAAGAUGAUAGCUGCGAUGCAGGAAACAUUGAAGAAGCUGCGAGAAGAGGAAGAGAGGUUAGCACGAGAGGAAGAAGAGCGACAGCAAAAACUGGAGGAGGCAGAGAAAGCUCGUCAGGAACAGCUGCGGCUGGAGCAGGAGCGCAAGGAGCGCAAGAAACAGAAGGAGCGGGAGAAGAAGGAGCGCCUGAAGGCGGAGGGCAAGCUGCUCACGCCCAAGCAGCGGGCGGAGAGGGCAAGGGCACAGGCCAUGCUGGAGGCGCUCAAGGCACAGGGCAUCGACAUGCCGGGCGUGGGCGAGAAGAAGGCACCCCGGCCGGGGACCAGGGUGCGCCCCGGCAAGGCCAAGCAGCAAGCCAGCGUCGAGCCAGAACAAGCCAUUGAGGAACAGAAGGUGGAAGUGCAGAUAGUCGACUCCGUGCAGAAAGAGCCGGAAGCUCAGGAGCCAAAGGACAGUGGCAUCAAGGACAGCUGGGAGGAGGAUGAGGCCAUCAAGGACAGCUGGGAUGCUGAGUCUUCCGGAGCUGAAGAUGACAAGUCUGAGACAUCGAAAGGGGGCAGCGACACUGCAAACGUGGUAACAAGGCAGAAGAGUCGGGAUGACGAACCAGAGGAGGACCAACGACAAGACGAGAACGCAGGGGACUCCGAAGAGGGUACGGAUUCUGAGAACGAGGACAGCGGCAGUGAGAGCGAGGACAGUGAGGAUGAGCACAAAACAGAUGCUGAGAAGAAGAGGGAGCGUGCAUUGGAGAGAAUACGGAAACGAAGAGAGGUGGCAGAGCUCAACAUGACGGUGGAAAACCUGCGAGCGGCCGUGGUGUGUGUUCUGGGUCACGUGGACACAGGUAAAACAAAGAUCCUAGACAAACUGCGGAGGACGAACGUGCAGGAUGGUGAAGCUGGGGGGAUAACACAGCAGAUUGGAGCGACCAAUGUUCCGAUUGAUGCCAUCAAAGAACAAACUAAAAUUGUCAAAGAAUUUCCAGAGAUAGACUUCCGCAUCCCGGGCCUGCUCAUCAUCGACACUCCGGGCCACGAGUCCUUCAGCAACCUGAGGAACCGUGGCUCGUCGCUGUGCGACAUCGCCAUUCUCGUGGUCGACAUCAUGCACGGGCUGGAGCCGCAGACCAUCGAGUCCAUCAGCCUGCUCAAGUCCAAGAAGACACCCUUCGUGGUCGCCCUCAACAAGAUUGAUAGGUUGUACGACUGGCAGACCAUGAACAGGAAAGAUGUACGGGACAUCUUAAAGAGCCAGGCUGCAAACACGCAACUUGAAUUCCAACAGCGGACCAAGGAAGUCAUUGUGCAGUUCGCAGAACAGGGGCUGAAUGCAGCCUUGUUCUACGAGAACCCGGACGUGCGCAGCUAUGUGUCGCUCGUGCCAACGAGCGCCAUCACGGGUGAGGGCAUGGGCAACUUGCUGGCGCUGAUCGUCGACUUCUGUCAGAACAAGCUUGCCAAGAGACUGAUGUACUCCGAGGAGCUUCAGGCAACAGUGUUGGAGGUAAAAGCCAUCCCAGGUCUGGGGACGACCAUCGACGCAAUCUUGGUGAACGGGAAGUUGCGUGAAGGAGACACGAUGGUUGUGGCUGGCACUGAUGGACCUAUAGUCACACAGAUCAGGUCCCUCCUGAUGCCACAGCCACUCAAGGAACUGAGGGUGAAGAAUGCGUAUGUCGAAUACAAAGAAAUAAAGGCUGCUCAGGGUGUCAAAAUUGCAGCAAAAGAUCUGGAAAAGGCCAUUGCUGGCCUGAACCUGCUGGUGGCCCAGAAGCCCGACGAGGUGGAGAUCUUGCGCAGCGAGGUGGGGCGGGAGCUCAAGUCUGCCCUCGGCAACAUCAAGCUGCAGGAGCGGGGCGUGUACGUGCAGGCGUCCACGCUGGGCUCGCUCGAGGCACUGCUAGAGUUCCUGCGCACCUCCAAGAUACCGUAUUCCAAUAUUCGCAUCGGUCCGGUCGUUAAAAAGGAUGUCAUGAAAGCAUCCACAAUGCUGGAACAUGACAGUCAGUACGCCACCAUCCUGGCCUUCGACGUGAAGGUGGAGCGCGACGCGCAGGAGCUGGCCGACACGCUGGGCGUGAAGAUCUUCCAGGCGGACAUCAUCUACCACCUGUUCGACAAGUUCACGGCGUACCGCGAGGAGCUGCGCCAGCGCAAGCGCGACGAGUUCAAGAGCGUGGCCGUGUUCCCCUGCAAGCUGCGCGUGCUGCCCCAGUUUGUGUUCAACUCUCGAGACCCCAUCGUUGUUGGGGUGAUGAUUGAGGCGGGCAUCGUGCGAGAAGGAACACCCAUCUGUGUGCCAAGCAAAGAGUUCGUGGACCUGGGCGUGGUGACGAGCAUCGAGAACAACCACAAGCCGGUGGAGAGCGCGCGCAAGGGCCAGGAGGUGUGCGUGAAGAUCGAGCCGGUGGCCGGCGACUCGCCCAAGAUGUUCGGCAGGCACUUCGACGAGAAGGACUUCCUCAUCAGCAAGAUCAGUCGCCAGUCGAUAGAUGCGUGCAAAAAUUACUUCCGAGACGACCUCGCGAAGACAGAUUGGCAGUUGAUGGUGGAGUUGAAGAAGCUCUUCGAGAUCUUGUAGCACGCAGUCUGGGAGGGACUAGUGGCAGCCUCGCGAGUUGAUUCAGAGCCACGUGAUGCCGGGCAAGGCGGAGCGAAGACAACUUGGGACUGCGAAGCGCCGUGUCUUUGUGCGGGCAGUGUCCUGCGAUGUGUUGAGGAUACUCCUGCGGACUGAUUCCUACGCUUCCUAACAUUGUUGACAAAAAAAUUAAAACUGGUUUUAUAAAAUGAAUAUACAUACUACGCCUUGAAACUAUUUCCUGGUGAUUUGCUGUUUCUGCAAUGUGUAUGUGUGUGACUAUAUUAUGAAUCUACGUGCAUUAGUGUCUGUAUUAUGUGGCAUGAGAAAGAAAUUGUAUUUUCAGUUUUGAUUAA